AUGCAGUCGGUUGUGCCUAUGAACCUUGCAAAUCUCGUAGGCAUCGCCGAACAGCAACAGGACCAAACCGGGGUAUGGAAGCGGAUUCUCGGCGGUCAUGAGACCGGCCCCUUGCCGCCUGAAUGGGCAGGAACCUCGUCCUGUCAGUCCGAUGUCCCAUCUUCGGUAGUUCGCCGGCCGGGAGGAGAUGUCAGUUACGACACAUCCGCCGUUCCCCAAACCAAUGGUGGCAUCGCCAGCGAGGACAGCCGUGGAAACAAAGAUAUCACUUCGCACCAUUAUUCUAUCAGCUCAAUCGGAAAUUCAGCAUGUCACCAAACCUCUUUCAUGUUGGGAGACGCCCCGAAUGGGAGAAUCGCUCCAUCGGCAACGGGAACCAACGACGAUCCUGUCCAGGCCAGCCUCCGGAGUUCCGGUGAAGGUCUGCCGGCAACUCGAAUGCACCGUCUCUUGGUCCUACAAAGCAGGAUCUUGCUGCAGGGGGAAAACUUGGAGCUUCCAUCAUUUUCUCAACCAGACUUGGGAUACAGUACAAAAGGGAAGCUCAACCAUCUGCUGCAGGACUGUUCGGAUCUCACGGCCAUUCUCACCGAAGUCGACAAUCCAAAGGAAACACGGACGACGCCACCCAGCGAUAGCGCUCUGUCGACGUGGCUCGGACUCACGCCGACAGACUCGGACGGAGUCUGGUCCGAUUCUCAUCUGAGCGACUCCUUUUUCUGCAGUGGUUCCAACCAUAGGAACAGUACAAGGACAGACACAAUCUUCAAUCCACCGGCCAGUGCCACGAGGGGUGGCCGGUCUCGAGAGCAUCUAGAGCCAAACCAGACGCGCGUGGAAGCCAGAGGCGAGCAGCAUACAUCGUCCACUCUUCAGUCUCCGACCGACAGUCAGGACUCGUCGGCACACGAAGACCUCGUAGUCGUCUUGAUAGCGACUGCAUGCUACAUCCAGCUUAUGCGGAGGCUUCACUGUGUGUUGAGUGGGAUGUAUGACGCCCUAGUUGCAGGUGAUGACUUUGCUCUGAGCUCCUUGUGGUCUGCGGCAACAUACAAUGUCAUGCUUCCCAAGGGACGGGUUAAAGAUACGCUCCAAGCAAAAAUAGCAAUCGAAAUCGUAUUGCACGUUCUGGACUGUCUUGAGGAGCGGAUGGGGUUACCUGUACCGAACGACGGAACAAGCAACGCAAAAACACAGGCAGAAGCCCGCGGACUUCCAAGGAACGAACCAUUCUUGUCUGUAGUCAGCGCUGCCGUUGACGCGGAAGAUGCCUGCCGCAUCAGUCAUAGAUCUACCGCUGAAAUGACUACGCAAGACAUUGAGCCAUUCAAAGGAGGCAGCAGACGGGCAGCGCAAAGCGUCGUCAGGGCACGAAUUCAAAAAAUCUCGGACUACAUCAGCCGGAAACCGCUCUUCUAG